AAUCAAUCUUACUAUUUAUUGAACUCUAAAUAUUAAAAAAAAACCCGUCUGUCACCAUGCGAGUGCUAAUUGAACAAGAAAAAUGUCUUACUGAAAAAUAGAAUAGUGUGGCAAUGUCUCAGGAUUGGCUAUGUCAAUAUGAAUUAUGAACUAUUGAUUUUAGCCUUUUUCUAUUGUCAUCGGUCAUCAAAUGAGAAGAAAAAUAAGUCACCCAUGAAAAUAAUAUCCCUCCCGUCAUUCUUCAAGAUAUGAAAUUCCACACCAAAAAAAAAAAAACUGAAAAAUAUAAAGUACAAAAACUCACGAGGCACCAGGCAAAAGAAACAAAUGCGCUCCCACUUCCUUUCUUUUCAGAAAGGAAGUGAGCUCCCACUAGACUAGACCGUCUUACAGAAGGUAAUUGCCAAUCAAAGAGCUCCUGCCUAAGUUGAGUAAACAAACAAUUCCAAUUCUCAAAUAUCAUUUGCCAGAGUUUCCUUGUCAGAAUCUGCACCUAACUUACCACUUUUCCUCCCUCAUUUCGUCUUCAGUAGUUUUUUUUUUUCAAUUUUUUUUGUUUUUGUUUAAUCUCUUCUCCUACUCUUUAUCCACUGUAAGAUUCUUGAAAGGAAAGAAACAACUCCAAAUCUAUCCAUCUUUGCUCUAAAUUAUGAACACAUGACAUCGAAUGGAAAAACAACUUCAUUGAAACAAUGAAUUCUCCAAGUCUCUUUUUUCCAAUUUUCCUGUUUCUCCACCUUACUCUAAGCCAUGCUCAACUUCGAGUUAAUUAUUAUCAGAACACAUGCCCUGAUGUUGAAUCAAUCGUCAGCUCUGCUGUUAAACAGAAGUUCCAGCAGACAUUUGUUACAGCUCCAGCAACUCUUAGACUAUUCUUUCAUGAUUGUUUCGUCCGGGGCUGUGAUGCUUCGGUGAUGCUAGCUUCUUGGAACAAUACCGCAGAGAAGGACAAUCCGGAUAAUCUUUCGUUAGCUGGUGAUGGAUUUGACACUGUGAUCAAAGCCAAGGCCGCUGUUGAUAGUGUGCCCAAGUGCAGGAACAAGGUUUCAUGUGCUGACAUCUUGGCCAUGGCUACUAGGGAUGUCAUAGCUUUGACUGGAAGCCCAUCCUAUGCGGUAGAACUGGGAAGACUUGAUGGUAGGAUCUCUACAAAACGCAGUGUGCGGCAUCAUCUUCCUAGUCCAGAUCGCAAAUUAGACAUACUCAAGGCCAUGUUUGCCUCUCAUGGUCUCACUCUUACGGAUAUGAUUGCACUAUCAGGAGCACAUACAAUUGGGUUCUCGCACUGCAACCGAUUCUCCAGACGAAUUUACAACUUUAAAAGCAAGAGCAAAAUUGAUCCUACACUUAAUCCACCAUAUGCAAGGCGGCUCGGACAAAUGUGUCCGGAAAAAGUAGACCCCAGAAUGGCCAUUGACAUGGACCCAGCCACGCCUCGAACAUUCGAUAAUGUGUACUACAGGAACCUUCAACAAGGAAAGGGACUUUUCACCUCCGAUCAGACAUUGUUCACCGAUGCAAGGUCAAGAACUGCUGUUAACAUAUUUGCAUCCAACAAAACGGCCUUUGAAGAGGCUUUUGUGGCUGCAAUAACCAAGCUUGGGCGGAUAGGGGUCAGGAGGGGAAAACAGGGUGAAAUCAGGCAUGAUUGUGCUGCUGUAAACAAGAUUAUCUAACUUGUUUGCUUGCAAUAUUUUUCAUCCUUGAAAAUUUGAGUCGGUUAAAAUGCAAAUAAAGAAUAACCUUUGUCUCGUUUUAUCAUUUGGAUCCUCGUAUCAUAUUGGCCACGUUUUGAAUCGCACUAAAUGGUGGCUCUGCCACUGAAAAAGUGACCAUACAAAAAAGAUUGAAAUAGAACAACCAAAUAGAGCGUCAAGUGAAUGAACGGUCUACGCUUUUUUUUUUUUUUGUUUGUUUAAGCUGCAGCGCUGCACAAAGCUUGUUUGGGGGUUAAACUUUGUAUCUUAAAUUUAAAACCAUAAAAGGUUCAUCCACCUCGCAAGAGCAAGAAGCAGAGGUAUUUGUGAUGUAACGGCA